ACGCCACAGGAUUAGUGUUGGCGGCAUUGUUGGUGAUGAGUCUCGUGGUGGAGAAGAGUGUUGGAGAGCCUUGCUGCCACCACCACGGCCACCAUCACGGGCGUCCCCUCGCCAUCGGAGCUCUCGCCUUCGCAGGGGGAUACCUGGCGGGCCACCACCACCAGCACCACCACGGCGGCGGCGGCGGCGGCUGCUACAACUGUGGGUGCGGCGGCUGCGGCGGGUCCUGCGGAUGGUGCGGUGGUGGCUCCUACUACGGAAGGAGGCGUCGCAGAAGCAUUGCAGAGUUCGUGGAGGAUGCAAAGGUGCUGGAGUUGUACGCCAAGAUCGCGGCCGAGGACAAGGACGAGUGCGGCCUCCGCCUGGUGUGCGAGCUGGCGCAGAAGGACCCGCGGGAGCUCGCCCAGGACGAGGUACAGAUCCUCCUGCCUUACCGCGGCGCAGGCCCGAGUGACGGCAGCGUAUAUGGCACGUACGACGAGGCGGCGUGGCACGGCCAGGAGGGUCACAGCUGCGCCGCCAGCUACCCGCUCUGCGCCUUCGCCGCGCAGCAGGUCAUGCAGGAAUACAGGAAAUACUCGUCGAAUAACACUGCCAUCACUCUCGACUAAAUCGGACAGGAAAAUCACUACUUUUAAUUGAUUAUUCCUACUCUAUAAGUUGAGUGAAUAGGUGCUUUGAUAACGUCGACGCCAAUGAAAUCAGUGAAGAGUUUUAUAAAGAAGCUUUGCAACUAAUUAUCAAAACAAUCUAAAGAAUUACGACGACGUUUUGUCUACGGCACAGAUUUUAAUGUACAAUGAUACCUCGCUCUGUUUCAGUAACUGUUUGCUAUUCAGUACACUGUAACUGACGUUUGUUUACAUUAGACCUUUGUUGAACAGCUUGAAAAAUGUACUGUUACAUAAACAAUAAAAAAAUGACAUUAUAUGAUUUA